ACACCAUGGCUGCCCCAAUACCCUCUUCCAGCGCCCUGCGCGUACUCCGCGCCUCGAUUUUACCAUACACCCGCCAUUCCCAGCAGGUGCGCCACGCGACACUCCUGCGCCGACCGAAGCGGCCCUACACCUUCACACAGCUCGUUCAGCUUUCGGACGGCUCCGCCUUCACACUGCGCACCACGAACCCCCAGCCGGUCCUCAAGACCGCAAAAGAUAUCAGGAACAACCCGCUGUGGCACCCUAGCACCCAGAAGUUGCUCAGCGUGGAGGAGGACGAGGCCGGUAGACUAGCGGCCUUCAGAGCAAAGUUUGGCACGGCAUGGGACAGUGAGGGCGAGAAGAGCAAGAAGGGAGACAGCCUCCUAGACAUCAUCGGCGGCGCCGCGAAGCAGACAGAUGCGCCGAAAGCCCCACCCAAGGCUGCGCCCGCUGCACCGUCGUCAGCAGCAAAGCCCGCGCCAAAGAAGUAGACAUACUGGAAGUCGCGGAAAGGGCGAAUGAGCAUUGAAGGUGCAAGUGUACAGCAUGUUUUACUAUUGUAUAAUAUGGGUUGAGCAUUCACGAGGACCCAAGAGAGGCCUGUGUACCAGCCGCGGACACGAGUUGGAGAAUGAAGCGAUUACCAUCAUUCAGACGUCGGUCACCCAGUCUUUCCCCGUGGUCCUAGAUCGAUCGUCCUCCCUUCCACACAGCAGGACGUCCUAGGGACUCCCAAGUCGUGCACCAGCAACCUGUAU